AUGGGUUCAUAUCGAUCAGUUGAUCCUUGGUUGGAUCAACAGCUCCCUCUCGGAUGUACACCUCUUUCGCAGGUGAUCAACAAAGAAACUUCCCAUGAAGCUUGGGAAGUUCUUGAGACGUUUUAUGGUCAACGUACACGUGAUAGCGCUCAGCAUAUGAAAUCUGAACUUCAAUCUCUUCAAAAAGGAUCCCCCUCAAUGGAAGAAUAUCUUCAUCGUGCCAAGUCACUAGCUCUUGCACUUUAUGGUGCUAGAAGACCUAUGGAUGAUGAUGACUUCAUCAUCUGUAUACUUAGAGACCUGGGCUCUAAGUUUGACCCCAUUGUUGCUGCCCUAAAUGCCAAGGAAAACUUUCCUUCACUUGAGGUCGUGAUUGGCAAAUUACGUGACUUUGAGCUUCGUGUUUCUGCUACUUGUAAGAUUCAUUCGCCUACGACAUUAUAUAUCUCUCGUGUUUCAUCUACAAACGCCAACCUUGGCAAUGCUUCAGCUCUUUCUCAUCAAAAAUAUAAAGGGCAACGUGGGAGUGGUCAUUCUCAAACUAGCAACCCUCCUCCACGUUCACAGCCAACUCCCUCUCGUGGUGGUGGUCGCAACAAUGGAUAUGGUGGACACAUUACUUGCUUCCAUUGUGGUAGUCCCAAUCAUAAGGUUGAUGUCUGUUUUGCAACUGAUGAAGAGGUCGAGCGUUACAAGGCCUUCCUCUCUAUUCAAGUUGGCGACACCAUGGAAGAACUUUGGUUUCUAAAUACUAGCGCUAAUCAGAAUAUGACUCCCACCACAAAUGACGCACAAGGUAUAAAGAAUUAUACUGGCACCGACAAGGUUACGGUUGGUAAUGGCAUCGAGCUCCCUAUAUCUGCAAUUGGUCAUUUUUCUGUUCCCAAUACCUCUCUUUCAAUUAACAAUGCUCUUAUUGUUCCUGAAAUUCAAAAGAAACUAAUUUCAAUUUCUCAAUUUACUGCUGAUAAUCGAUGUUGUUUUCUAUAUUAUCCAUGGGGUUUCUUGAUCAAGGAAUUGGCGACGAAUCGGUAA